AUGACCGCAGUAAUCACGUUUCAUUGCUUGCGCUUCGCAACUUGGAAAGCGGGAGCAUUGAGGCGGCCGAGUUUGAUGUAUCCGAGUUGGCAAGGCACCGAUGAUGCGUCAGCCGUACAGCCCUACUGGAAUCAGCACGUCAAUCAGGCGGCUAGCGCUGCUGCCGCUCAUCAAAAAGUGGCCGCCGCAGCGGCAGCCUAUGACCCGUUACUGUAUCCAGCACAGAACUACAUGAACAAUAUGAAGAAUAUGCUUGGGGCCGCUGCCCAGUGGGUCGAGUCAUCGAGCACGUAA